UACAAAAGCAUAUUACUACAAAUAAUAAUGACUGGAACGUUAUUUUUAUAAAUUAAUAAUUUAGAAACGUUUCGCUAUAUAAAGGAAACGUUUUACAAUAAAAGUAGUAUAACCUUAUUAACAUAGAAAGGAAUCCUCAGCCAAAUUUUGGCACACACUCAGAUCGAGCGCAAUGUUGGCAUAUCUGACAAAUAUAAAGGUAAACCCUGACAUAAAAAGAGUGGCCUCAAGUUCCAUUUUGGUUCAUUAUCUCUCUUACUCUGUCUGUCUGGUCUUUUGCAAAGCAUAAAUUAAAAUUAACUACAGUUACAAGUAUAAUGGUGCUUUUUCCAGCACUAAUAAUUUUAGUUGUAAGCCUUCUCUUCGGUUAUGUUAAGUAUUUUCGUAAAUCAAGAGGCUCAAAAUAUUUUGCAAGUUUCUUACAGUUCCUGUUUCACUAUAGCCCUCAAGUCAAUCCUUUUAAGACAAGUUCUACGAAAAGAAUCAAUUUUGUAGAUAAUUUUAUCUGCAAUUACAAUGUUCGCCAUCGAUUUUGGAUGAUUCCAGAUUUAUGUCAACACAUUUCAAAAAAGUAUGGAAAACUUGCAGAACUUGACCUAUUCGGGCAACGCAUUGUGGUAGUUACAGAUCAUAAAAUUAGUAACGCUUUCAUGACCAAGCACACAAAACGUUUGAGACAGCGGUUUGGAAAUGAGGGUGGGUUAAAGAAGCUCAACAUGUUACACACUGGACUUAUUUGGAAUAAUGAUGUCGCUGCGUGGAAAAAUAAUCGCGCAAUUUUUGAAUCAACGCUGGCAAACGGAGCGAGGAUGUUGGGCGAGCUGAGCGACUCCUAUUUUACGUCCACCUUGUCACCAUCCAUAAAAGUGGGACAACCCAACUCCAUCUUGACUCUCUUGAGGAAUUAUACCGUAACCAUGACAAUGGAAGGGUUAUUCGGCCUAGACUCUUGCAAAUCCCCGUCUUGGCGGGAUAACGUAAAAGCUACGGUGGGAAACUACUUUAAAGCCUGGGAAUUCUUUCUUCUCACCCCAAACACGGAACAACUCGAGGAGGAAGAACGCCACAAAAAAUUUUGCCAUGCAAUCACCUCCCUAUCUCGACAAAUUCUUGCCAGCGCUAAAACAACAAACCAAUCAAAAUUCAUUGAAGAUUUAGCCCUAGUGAAAGCCAACGAUGAAAAUCAAAUUGUUCAAUGUAUCACCGAAAUGCUACUGGCUGGAACGGAUACGUCGUCUCUAACAAUGUUUUAUACAAGCCUACUUCUCACAGACAAUCCGCAAGUUGGGAAUCAAUUAUCGAAACUAAUUAACGAUUCUUCCACCCCUGAAAGUAAUACAAUUGAGCAAAUGAUCUCAAACCUGUACUACGAAUCUAUGCGUCUUGUAUCAGUAGGGCCCGUAAUUUUGCGACAGGCCGAAGACAACAUUUCUCUAGAGGGGCCAGACUUCAAUUUAAAGCUGAAUAAAGGAGACGGUAUUGUUUUUAAUAUUGCCGGCCAAAAUUUGAACGAAGAUCCAUUCACCUGCGCUAAGAAAUUUGACCCAAACAGAUACGACACUGGGGGGAGAGUUAUCCCCUAACUUUUGGCACGGGGAGUAAAUCUUGUGUCGGGAAACCGUUUGCGGAGCGGGAAAUGAAGUUAUUUUUCUCUUGGUUUUUAAAGAAAUGGACCCUCCUUGGGACUACGGAGGAUGUGAUGGGCUUGCUCAAAACGCGGUGGGAUAUUGCAAAUGCUCCCUUGACAGAUUUGAAACUGUAUAUCUUUCCUAGGAUUGGAGUGCAUUUUAUUGGGAAUUGUGAGACUGUAUUGGACACGGUGAAAGAAUUUAGAAUGCAAUUUCCAAGAUUGCAGUGUAUUAAACUGAAUGGGUUUGAUGACGUUGAAUUGGCUGAGGUGUGGGAAGGAAGUAAAAAUAAAUUUGUAAUAAUUUAUGGCGGAUCGGUUCAAGAAUAUGGUAAAGUUAAGGUUCCUGAUAAUGAUUUAAUUAUUUUCUUUGAAAAUUGUGAAGGAGAGAUGGAUCGAGAAUGUGGGAAGGAUGCAAACUUUUUAAAAUACCGGGUAGAAAAGGUUAAAUAUAAUAAUGAGGGUGGGAACAAUGUGAGAAAUGUUGUAGAUAUUAUUACUACCCGUGUUGCAGUUUAGCAAAAUUGCAAAAACUGUUGAUGAAAUAAAUAAUUAAGAUACGGAAAGGCCUUUUCAGAUAGUAACAAUGUGUAAUUUGCUUAUACUUAUUACUAAAUAUUUGUUCUUGCAAUCCUUAAUUGCACACAUAUAUAGUUUAUAGAGAGCAUAUAGGUAUUUAAAUAAAUAUUUUCCUUGUCAAAAUUUGAACACGAUUAUGUCAGAAACUUUCAGGAUUUGCUUUUCAAUAUACAAUAUACAGGUUUUCAUGUAAGUUUUAUCUGACCCCAUACAUGAAUCUUAUACAUGUAUUUAUAUCCUUUGGAAAUUAAGUAUAAAAGUAAAAUAAAAUAAUUUUGGAAU